UUGUGUUCCAAACCUGAUAGGAUGAGUUUUUGGGUAUCUAUCAAUUCAGUAGAUAGUAUCGAAGUCCAUUGAUAUUUCCAAAUCUUUUGGUUCAAAUCGCUGGUAGAUAUUACAGCUGUUUUCACAGCUCUCCGGAUAUCGUGCCAGUCUACAUUAGGGUAAUCAUUGCUUUCAUGAUUCUCUAACUGCUUCUCUAGUUUUUUCCGGGAAUAGAUCUUUGACUUUUUGUCAAAAUGCUGAACACUAAUACAUUUUCUUGUUGCAGCUUUCUUGAGUUCAAUAAAACCCCGGGGAACGUGCUCAGUUUAAAGCAUUAUAAAAUUGAAAACAUCUGCUCCAAAAUGAACGAGUCUUCUAACAAUCUUUUCGGACGAUAGUUGAUGGCAAUAUAGUCUAUUUGUGUGCAUCGACCCGCCGAUUUUGAGACUUACGAUGUAUCUUUGUAUGCUCAAACUUAAAGCUUACUAAGAUCAAGUAGUUAUGUGCUAGGGUUACGCUUGACCCUUCAGUUUUCUAAGAACAACAGAAAGCUCUAUGCAAAACUCAUAUUUCGUUUCAUCUGGACUGCAGUUAUCUGAAAUGUAGGCAGAGGAAACGAAGAGGUGUCACCAAAUAUAUCUAGCUUUCUGUGCUCUUAAUAUCUCUUUUAGUCAGACAGCGUAUAACAGACUAUGUAUUGAGAUGCAGUCCAGGUGAGUCUAUUCUACUUUUGAAUGUCCAGAGAUACACAGAGGGUAAGCCAAUCUGGUUCUCCAUUUUUACUACGUGACGUCCAUUCAAUGGCCACACUUGGGACCUACAGACAUGUUUUGAAGCCACAGCACAAAUCGACAGGAUGAAAUUCUGUAGUCCCACCUAAAGAAGCUUGAUGUUCGAUUUGACAUACGGUUAGAACACUAAAACUCCAACAUGUAGUUUGAAGCACAAUUCGUAAGAUCGGUUUGUUAGCAUUAGUGACGCAUGGUGAUAAAGACAUAGAAGAACAGUCGGUAGUGGGGACUGAAUAAAUAUUAGAAAGUUACGGCGUUCGAUUAUGAAAAAGGUGGUCUUGAAUUCUGUUGAAGAUAUAAGGGUAGUUGUCACAUUCGGGUUGUACACAGAGUGGAAGGAUACUUUUUCUUGGGGGCCUGAGAAAGAAACUGAAUUAAUGGUGACUACAGUGACCCAGGAGGUUGACCACAGAGCCCGAAGGACAACAGUUUGAGGUUAGUCGUGCAGCAUACUCGUCCUUUGGUUAGCAAAUGGAGAUCUUGGAGAAGCCAGAGAUGAUUUAAGUUGGUAAAGGCUAACCGAGCUUUCUAAACCCAUUUCGAUGGCUUUCGAGACUUCCAAGUAGUCAGUACUCUCUACCACUUUAAUGCCUAUCGUCAGCGUAGACGUCGGCAGUGAAAUUAUAUAUAUAAUCCUUAUGAACAGAUAUCCGCUCCACAUAACCUCGAAUGUAUAAAAACUUUUGAAAAGAGCAUAUCCUUAAAUCCUGGAAUACUGAUAAGUCUUUUCAUAACAUUGCUCGUAUAUAAUAGAAUAAUCAAGUAAUGCUGAAUUUAUGGGCGAACUAAUUGUCAAAACUGGUAAGUCUUGAUGAGAUUUUAAAUUAAUAACUGGAAUUGUUGGCUUUGUUGUCCUUACACCCAGACCUCUACUUAGCUAUGUAGAGAUGUGGAGGUUUUCUAGUUUUUGCUUGCGAUAACUCACUGAUACUGAUGCAUUGAUUCCGUCUCCUGCGCAAAAUUUCUAUAGUAAUGUAUAAUAUUAGUUCUGUCCACUUCAUUUUUUUCUCUUGACUCGUCAUUAUUUUUCUAGUUUUCAUUAUUGUUGGUAAAGUCAUUCACCCUUCGUUGUUUUGCCUGCUCGUUAAUUUGCUGUUGCUCUGAGAUGCAAUAAGUGAGAUCAAUGCAUAUUUGCACCAGGUCCUGUUGUAUUGGUAUUUAUUUGUUAUUGAUUAUCUCUGGUGGUUACAGUUUCGGAAAUUAGUUUUCAGAAUCUCGUAGUAAUGGAUUGGAAGUUUAAAUUGACAUUUGGUGUGCUCAGAUCUCUAGGUAUAAAUAAUUUGUACAGAUCAGUGUGCUAUCACCAAAAUGUUGUCAUUAAAUAUGAUAUAAAAGUGUUCUGUGGUUGCUAGUUUAAAGAUCCUACAUCUUAGAGCAGCAAAAUAUCUGACGUCAGAAAACAAUAAUAUGCGAAUUUAGUUGUUCUUAGAAGUAUUUCGUAUGAUACUGUUUUGGCAUACUAUUUUAAGCGAAUUCCGAGGGCUUAAGGUGAUUUGUAGUUGGUAAUUAUAAAGUAGUUUUAUGAUUGCGUCUCAUUCUCCUAAUGUUACAUUGCUUUUCAUGAAUUAUCCUAUGGACUUUACGUUUUUAGGUUGAGAGCAUUAUAGACAGACGAGUUCGCCGUGGUCGCGUGGAGUACCGUGUUAGAUGGAAAGGGUUUCCUCCGGAGCAAGAUUCUUGGGAACCCUUCACCAGUCUUCGCGAACCAUGCCUUUCAUUAAUUCAAGACUUUCACAUUCGUUACCGCAAACUUCAUCAUGGAAAAAGGCGUUACUCUCUACCCUUGGUUUCUCGUAGUAAGCUUUUAAAGUGUGAAACAGAUGAAUUUCAUGACAUGUCUGUAAAAUUAGAAAAAGAUAGCGAUGACGACUUAGCUGCAGACAAGAGCAGUAUUUCGUCUACCAAAAGCCAACCACCUCCACUUCCUUUUAAGUUAGGUAAGAGAAAUACUGUACGGCCAACGUCACGUCGUUCUGCUCCAAGUUCAGUAGCCUUAAGUUCGACUAGUUUCUUUUCGUUACAACCGGAAACUUAUUCUGGUCACUCGUCCUCCCUUCCAAGUUCCGAGUCCAGUGUUUCGCAAACACCAUUAGUCUGCGAUCCAGGUGCGUUGUUGAACAUUCAAACACUUAACCGUUCAGAUCACACGAUACACCCAGACAAUGGUUGGGUUCCCUGUGAAGUUUCUGGUGCUUCAACCGGUUCACUAUCUAGUCCCAAUACAAUCCAGGCUGAUGAUGACUGUAAAGUUCUCACGGAUAAAGUUCCUAAUGCCGGACUUUCUAAAAAUAACUGCGGAGAUACUUCACAGCGAUUACAAAAAACAUCAAGAUCACUUCCCGACCAAUCAAACCGUAAUACUCCCAAGUCUAGCAGACGCAAAUUGCAGCCCAAUGAUGGUGCUUGUAAACAAAAUGAUUCAGUAUCUGCAAAUCAGCAAGUCUCUCAAAACCUCCUGAAAGGAGAUAAGAAUAUAGGUAACUUCACUACCUCUGAUACCCAAGAAAAUUCUCUCCUCGGGCAAACACGUAAAUCUGUUACGAUUAUGCUAAAGGCUUCUCCCACACAUGAGUUUCAGAGCACUAGAUCUCUCCACCGCAGUAAUUCACCAAACUCAAAAUCUCUUCCUAAUACUGCCUCUAAACCGGUUUCCAAAAAGCGUGUUCAACCUACUAGUGCAACUUCAAAGGCGGAACUAGAUGUUGAUGCUUCCGAACCCUUACCAUCAUGUGAAGAUCAAUCUCUCAUAUCUGAUUCUAUCAUAUCGAAAGUCAUGAAUAUCGUUAUUCAUCUGAAAAACCUAAGAAGACGCCCUGUACAAGAGAUUGUCCUGGCACUUUGCCAAAAGCAUCAUAGUAUUCCUGAAAGCCUCGUUUUAUCUUCUCUAGAUAUCUUAGUUACACGAGGUCACUUACACCGUGUUGAGUCAGCCAAGGGUAUAUCUUAUCGUUCCAACCCUUUUGUUGUGGCUCGGGGGGAUCUAAAGAAACCUGCAUCUUUAUCAGCCAAAAUUAAAGCCAAAUAUAAUGGUGGAGUGAAUGGAAAACGACCCAAGUGCACGACAUCCACUGUACCUGAGUCUAAACGACCGAAUUCAGUGGAGUCACCAAGCCAUUCCUCAUCUAAAAUUGCACGAACUGAUCCAUCAACCAAUGUUCACCAGCGCUCUAGUCGGAGAUCUAUAACAAAUGGAUCAAUGGCUUCUGAAAAAUCCAAUACGCACUGUUCUUGUUAUUCAGAUAUCAAUGGAAAGAUCUAUUUCAAUCAGUCUUCUGUUAUUGUGGAUGAUGUACAAGUAAAUCAGGAUCAUACCAUACAUCUUGACGGAGGAGAUUAUUCAAUGAAUGUUAAAUCACCACCAAAUAUUCUUCAACAAGGCACCAAGAUAUUUAUUGUACCUCCGGCUAGUCCAUUAAACGAAACAACUUUUGAAAGUCAAAUGAAUAACUUACCGUUUCAUCGAUCUGAACAACCUAAUCAAAAUUCAUGUAAUACUUUGAGUUCUACAUCUGGAUCCAAUCUCGAUAGUUCAAGCAUUCCGCAAACAAAUUCAAGACGUAGCAAUCGACAAGUAGAUGUUUAUAAAUUCAAAUCGAUUUGGGUAAAGAAAAAUGUACAAGGUGGAUUUACAGAAGUUUGGUUACAAUCACCUGGUUCUUUUCUAAAAAAUGGAUUUACGAUCCAGGUCCUUGAAGAAUUAACCAUUGUUUUGAACCGAGCAACAUAUGAUACAAGUCGCUUAAUCAUGAUUUCUGGUACAGGAACUGUGUUUAGCUCCGGAAUAGACUUGACUACCAUUACGGGCGAUCUGUUAAGAAGUGCAUUUAUUGGUUCAUCUUCAUGUGAUUCAUCUCGCAGUUCAUCCUCAAGUUCAGCCAAUGUAUUCGCUUCACGUAAUUCAAAUCAUCAUAAAAUUGGAGCUGAUAAUUCCAAAUCACAUCAUUCUGAUAAUACAAAUUGUUCAUUUUCUCAACCUAACUAUGAAUCAAAUUUAAAUUCAUCGUCUCAUAGAAAUGCAAAUAGAGUCCAUUCAUUUUUCUGCUCACCAAAUCCUACAAAUGUUGGACGUCUAGCGGCAGCUUUAAGGUCAUUCUUACUGGCGUUAGUUUCAUUUCCUAAACCUGUUGUAGUCGGUGUAAAUGGUCCAGCAUUAGGACUGGCUGUUGCUAUAUUACCUUUGUGUGACAUUGUUUACAUAAGUGAUUCAGCUACAUUUUAUAUGCCAUAUACUCGACUUGGUCAAAUUCCUGAAGGAGCAUCAACUUACACUUUAAACAGUCUUGUUGGUAUGCCUUUGGCAAACGAACUAUUAUUAGCAGGUCGUAAAUUGUCCGCACGUGAAGCUUUACAACGAGGUUUAGCUUCUGAUCUUUUGUUCCCCAAAAGUUUUAAACAAGAAUUACUUCUCCGUUGUCGAAAAUUAGCAGAAAAUUCGUGUAUGUCAUUGGAAAUCACCAAAUGUAUGAUGAAAAUGCAACAUCGUGAACGUAUUGAAUAUGUGAUUAAUGCCGAAUGUAAAAAACUAUUAGAAUGUUGGCAAACUUCAGAAUUUCGUUGUACAGCUAUGGAGUUCAUUUUAAAUGAAAUGGAUGAUUUUGUGUAAAUAUACUGUCUUGUCCUGCUUUUCCGUAUUACAUUAUCUCAUAUAUAUCACGAUAAAUUGUUAUUGUUACUAAAAUAAUUAUUGUCAUCGUCAUAAAUUAUUAUUAUAUGUUAAUAUAACGUUUUAUACAAUAAAAUUUAUGCAAUCAUACACACUAGUGUUAUUCCCGUGUAUGACAUUCCAUAUUCUCUCGUUUUUAUAUAAUCAUACAUAACAUGUAUCAGUUUUAUAUAAUCAUUAUUAUAAUAGAACCAUAUAUGUAUAUUUUUGUUUGGUCUUUCACAUUUCCUGCUUUUACGUUCUACUUUGUUUUCAAAACAGUAGUUCACUUUUCGAACUAUAAUCCCGUUCACGUAUACUUUCUGUUUAUCUUGCCAUUCUAUCCCUUUUAAAUUAUUGAUGAUUUUAAUGACUGUAAAAUUUAUAUUUCUCUUCGUGUAUGUAUCUGGACUUGUACAUAUUUGUGUACUUCAUCUUCCACUAAUGUCGUUGAAAUGCAUGUUCAUAUAUAUAGUGCCUAGUCUGUUAAUAAUGAUUUUAUUUUUUCUUUCCGGUAACUACUGUCACAGUUUACAGUUGUAUCAUUUCCGUUUGGCUAAUUUUUCUUCAUCAAUCUAUCUUAUUUCAUUUUGGAAUGUCAACUUGUACUCAUUAUUACUAUUAUUAUAAUUGCUGUUACUUUUUUAAUCAGUCAAUGUUCUACAAACUCUACACCUUUUGACAAUCCAUUCAUUAUUUGAUGUUAAACACAAAAAAGCAGCUCAUGUUUUUUUCGUAUCUGUGUACAUUUUGUUUAUUCGCAUGUAAAACGAAAAAAAUAUACUGUAGUUUACUUCCUUCCAUUAUUCCUUUUUUUACAAAAGAAAACUAUAUUUUUUAAAAGAGGAAUAUUCAUCCAGUUUGUCAUAACUUUUCGUGCCAUUUCUUAAUUUUCAGGAUUUCAAUGUGUUUUUUUAAAUUGUAGAAUAAUUGGUUAGUUGGAUGGGUAGAAUCAAUUUUCUGGCAUUUUAUCGAUUAUUGUCGUUGUUACUGUUGGUCUUAUCGAAGACUCCUGUAAAAAAAAUAAAUUUCUACCGUACAUGUG